UGUCGACGCCGUGUAACCCCAUAUCAAUAUCGACGCCCUGUAACCCCAUAUCAAUGUCGACGCCCUCCUGUAACCCCAUAUCAAUGUCGACGCCCUGUAACCCCAUAUCAAUAUCGACGCCCUGUAACCCCAUAUCAAUGUCGACGCUAUGUAACCCCAUAUCAAUAUCGACGCCCUGUAACCCCAUAUCAAUAUCGACGCCCUGUAACCCCACAUCAAUGUUGA